UCACGUCUUCGCUGCAAGGAUAAUGCAGCGAUGGUGGUUUUUUCUCUUAUCAUACACACGUUUAGAUUCGCCAGAGUAUGGCGCAUGUCGAUUCGUCUGCUACAUCGUUCAUCGGGACAGAGUUGUCAUGAAGUUUGACGUUGAUUCUUACUCCAAACCAUUAUAUUUUGACGUUUAGUAAUAAUGCUAAGCUGAGAAAUCAAAAGGAGGAAAGAAACAAUAACAGAAACAAAAAAGUACGAGUGGUCAAUGCAGUGUUGUCUUAAGUAGGUGAAAAAUAAUGGCAGAAUCCUCGGGACCGAUACUCCACGUUAUUGUCGUAGGUUUUCAUCACAAAAAGGGUUGCCAAGUGGAAUAUUCAUUUCCUCCCCUAGUGCCGGAUUCACCCAACGAAUGCCCAUUAGGCUGGAAAUACUUGCCGACUCUUGCUCUCCCCGACGGCUCACACAAUUAUGACGAAGAUACUGUUUAUUUUCACCUUCCCAGUCUCAUUGAUGCUAAGCGGACUGUUUUUGGUAUUUCUUGUUUCAGACAAAUCCCUGCCGAGAAUUUAAUCAAUCGUACUUCAGACAUUACAAGAGGUACAGUACAAAAGUCUGUGUGUGUUCUUAGUACUUUGCCACUGUAUGGACACAUACAAGUAAAAAUGGCUCUUAUAACUCACGCCUACUUCGAGGAGCGAGAUUUCAGCAAAGUUUCUUUGCUGGAAGACACUUACCAUCAUUUGAACGCUUGUAUAAGCGCAGACAGUCAAAUUCCACCGCAGGUCUUUGUCGGCCUAUCGGCGAGAGAUUUUAUACUCCAAUUCCGUCACAAAGCUCUGUUACUGUUCAAACUAUUGUUACUUGAGAAGAGAGUAGUUUUUUAUCAAUCACCUGUGCAGCCAUUGUGCGUUGCCAUAUUGACUCUUCUUUCCCUGCACCCUGGACUGAUCGAAAAUGGUUUGAGGGAGUCGGCUUGUGUCAACGUUAUCCCUUUGUUUUGCAGACCAUCGAGACCAAUGUCGCCGAUACCCAAUUUCGACGAGGAGGAGAAGGAAGAAGAAGGAGAAGCAGGUUUAAGGGUUAACUUCAACGAGGAAACUAGUGAAAAUUUUGUGAAGGAAAAACACGAAAAAGUCACUGAUAGAACGAAUGAAAAUUCUCUCUGCAUGAAUGACAAUAAAACGAUGGAGACAAUGGAAGGAAAAUGUAUCGACGAUUUGACUUCAUUGACGAGGAAAAAUAACAACGAACACGAAAAGAAUCAUGGGAGCAAAGUAAUCCUCGUUGAGAAUGGGGAAAUACGUACAAAUGGUGAUAAUUAUGACACUGUCAUAUCAAGCAACGCGAAAUAUUCACCAAAAAUACGUGAAAAUGUACACAGAGUUGCGAGCGGAAAUGCCAUCAAUUUAGCUAUGGGCGACGUCGUUGAUAAUGUACUUCCACGUGAUACCAGCAGUGAUGCCCUUUCCGAAGCUCGAUUGACAUCUAAUUUGACACAAAUCGCUAAUGUCAAUGCGGGCAACUGCGGCCUACCGUUGAAUCUUUUCACCAAAGGUUACCUCUGCUUGCCAUACUUGUCUCUGCCCUACCUCGAUCUCCUGGGUGACGUAAAUGUUAGCGGCUACAUCGUCGGAGCUACGAAUGUGUUAUUCAAACAAAAAAAACAGUUGAUCGAUAUUUUGAUCGAGGUCGAGAGUGCGAGAAUCGAAGCAAACGAUCCGGAGCUUCGUCGUCAAUUACAUUUGACAACGGAGGAUUUGAGAUUCGCGGACUACGUCGUUCGUCACGUGGCUGAGCCGCGGAAAGACGUUUUUCUUGACGGAGUCGGUUGGGAGGGCGGUGACGAAUGGAUUCGCACUCAGUUUCGCGUCUACCUCCUCAGCCUUGUUAGAACAACAUUGCAGAACGAUCCACGACAAACCGACCAUUUCAACUCGGCGUUCAUAAAUGCGUGGCGAGCGACAAACAAUUACAAAAGUUUGUCUAAAAUUGAACAAUCGGAGAUUAAUAAGAUCGAGCCUGGUCAUCCGUUUGCUGGACAACUUUCCGUACAAGAUAUGAAACUCAGGCUAUCGCAUACGAUGCAAAAUACCGAAGGUGGUCGAAAAAUAAAUCAAGCCAUGAUGACCACCGGAAGAGCGGUCGCGACCACAGGAAAGGCUGUUGGGGGCGCAAUAUCGCAGGCGAAGGGUGCAUUCACAAAUUGGUGGAGCACUCUUACGACAAUCCAACCUUUGGAUGUCGAUUUGAGAAACGACAAUCAACCGGAAGAGACAGACAAAGUGGAAACAAACAGGGAGGUGAUCGUAGUUUCAACGGAAUCGAAGCAGCCGGAUGUCAGUAACUCGGACGGCGCAAUUGUUCAUUCGGACUAACAGAACUCUCGAAUCUCUAAAAAAUAAUAUUAACAACGUCAAGAGAAAACUUUUUUGUACAGCCGUGAGAAUCGUUAUUCCAUUUUUUCCAUAAUACGUAAUAUAUGCAUGUAAAAUUUUUAUUCCGAUACUUCGAGGUAACAUGUCGUACUUUAUUUGUUCAUACCGAAUAAUUAGCAGGGUAUUAUUAUUAUUAGAUUUUUCUUAAGAUUGUCUAGAUUUUUAUGGAAUCAUGUGAUUAUUUAUUUCGUACAAAUAUUUCUUUUCAAUUACUAGUAAUAAAUAGAUUUAUGAUUUAGACUAGAAAAAGUAAAUACUUGAAAACGCGAAAGUGAGCCGGAAAUGAAUGCGAAAUUGAAUCUCUAUGAAAAAUAAUUAACUGAUGAUCAAAUAAUUACAUAAACAACUUCCCACAAUACUUUUUUCAAAUUGCAGUUCGAUGUUUUGUUAUUCGCUAAUAAAUGCUAAAACGAAAACUUCUUUUCGAGAUGAAACGAAACAAUUGAAUCGCGGAAAAGUAAAUCAAAAGACGUUCGAAAAACAUGUCAUUUUUCGAAAGUUUUUCUCAUUCAUUUAUUUUAAUGAAAAUGUGCUACUUAAGUUAUUUUCAAAUCUUUUCAACCGAAGGAAACGGUGAAACUGUAUAAAAUUGAGUAAUUAUUGAAUCGAUUCAUUUCUGCAUUAACCGCAUGCGACUGAGAUUUAAAAAGUUUUGUUCGCAUCCAAAUAUAAAUGCUCAUCAAAAAAUGCCAUCGUAAUUUAUAGUCAUCCGUUGUUGAACUUUAUAUAGAACCAUAUUUUUAUUUUAUUUAAGAUAGGCCGUGAACGUGAUAUAUUUUAUUGCUCCUGAAACAUUGAAGAAGAAUUUAGUAUUUAAGAGUCAAAUCAUUGCUCCUCGCCCUGCAUAAAAACGUACUGGUAAUUUUUAUUUACCGAAAUGUCUGUGCGAAUUGAAUACUCGCUGUACAAUAUAUACAUAUAUAUAUAUAUAUAGAUAUAAUACACAUGAAAAAGAAGAAGAUGAAUAUACAGCGUGCAAAUUUCGCUCAACAAAUUUUGAAGGGACGAAAAUUGAUGAAAUUUCCAUAUGGAGGAAACAAUAAAUGUUAGCGCCCACGAAAA